AUGUUGGAUGUUGAAGUUGUCCCCGAGUUAGGGAUACGUCAUAAACUUUGGGAGUUCGUUCUUGGGAUGCCCAUCCAACAAAUGAUUGACAUUCUACGAAAACAAGACCAUACGAUUAAAAAUGUUGAUUUUUGGUAUAGUGACAAGGAUCCUUUCAGCAUGAAUUUGGUAUUGGUGUUACCUGAUGAUGGUGUCAAGUUUCACUUUGACCCAUUUUUACAAAGACUAAGGAUCAUCGAAGUUUUUAAUUUGUCUUCCAUCACAUUGCGGUAUUGGUCACAGUAUUUUAAUAGUCCAUCCAUCUUGCCAACAAUGCAGGAGGUUUUAAGAAUAUUCGGAUCCACAAAACCUCUGGCUCCAGCGGAAUCAGAUGGUGACUACCAACUAACUUAUCGAGCAGAAGCUAAAGUCCCAGUUGAAUUACCUAGUGCAUGCUAUUUACAAAAUGUUUUUCUUGAAAGACUCGAAGUCAACAGAUCAGCCAAUUCUACCACAGACCUAACAUUACACCUUGUUGCUCAAGAUUUAAACGUGAAUCCAACUCGUGAACCUCAAAUCCGUCGGUUUACUCGCUCUUUAACUUUUGGAGAUUCUGUUCAGGAUGUACUUUCAGCUUUAGGUUCUCCAAGUCGUGUAUUUUAUAAAACUGAAGAUAAAAUGAAAAUUCAUCUUCCUCAAUCUCAUCGACUUGUGCAACCUAGAAAAUCGGAUUAUUUUUUCAAUUAUUUUCCACUUGGCUUAGAUGUAUUAUUUGAUGCCCAAACACAUGAAGUAAUGAAAUUUGUUUUGCAUACAAAUCAACCAGGAGAGUAUACAUUUAACACAUAUUAUCGAUGUCUUUUUGAAAUACCAAUUCCUAUUGUAAAAUCAUCUAAAGAGAAUACAAAUACUGAAAUUGAUGAGACAGAUAAUGUAUUAAAUGAAACAAAAUAUUUAGUAACACCAUUCUCAAAGUGGUCUGAUGUUCGACAACAUUUAAUUUCAUCAAUGGAUACUGAACCAGUGGUUAUUUAUAGAGAAUCGAAACCACAACAGAAUCCUUUUGGUCCAACACAUGCAUAUGGUUAUCAGGAUAUUAUAUUUGAGAUUAUUCCAACCAGUGAAUGUAUAGCAUCAGUAACAUUAUAUACUCCAAUUCAUCUAUCUAAAACCUAGUUAUCAAGUAUCCAAUUAACAACAACAACAACAACAACAACAAACAAUAUGCUGAACAUUAGCCAACAGAAAAAAAACUCCCAUUUCAAAUUAUAAUUAUUUUCUCUUUAAAUAACUGCUAAUUAAUUUAUUGUUCUAGUUUAUGUAUUAUUUUCCUUUUCUUCAAAAG